CGCGUCUCCGAGUCCGACGCGCCCGCUAUAAUCACGUGAUUGCCUCAUCCGGGUCCUUUGCGUUCUCUCUCCCUCUCCCAACAUGGCGGCCUCAGCAAAAAAGAAGAAUAAGAAGGGGAAGACUAUCUCCCUAACAGACUUUCUGGCUGAGGAUGGGGGAACUGGUGGAGGAAGCACCUAUGCCCCCAAACCGGUCAACUGGGCUGAUGAAACAGACGAUCUGGAAGGAGAUGUUUCAACAGUUUGGCAUAGUAAUGAUGAUGAUAUGUAUAAGGCACCUCCAAUUGACCGUUCCAUCCUACCCACUGCUCCACGGGCUGCUCGGGAACCCAAUAUCGACUGGAGCCGUCUUCCCAAAUCGCCACCCUACACUGCUUUUCUGGGGAACCUGCCCUAUGAUGUAACUGAAGAGUCCAUUAAGGAAUUCUUUAGAGGAUUAAAUAUCAGUGCAGUUCGUUUACCACGUGAACCCAGCAACCCAGAAAGGUUGAAAGGUUUUGGUUAUGCUGAAUUUGAGGACUUGGACUCCCUACUCAGUGCCCUGAGUCUCAAUGAAGAGUCCCUAGGUAACAGGAGAAUUCGGGUAGAUGUUGCUGACCAAGCACAGGAUAAAGACAGGGAUGAUCGCUCCUUUGGCCGAGAUAGAAAUCGAGAUUCUGACAAAACAGACACUGAUUGGAGAGCCCGUCCUGCUACAGACAGCUUUGAUGACUACCCACCUAGAAGAGGUGAUGAUAGCUUUGGAGACAAGUAUCGAGAUCGUUACGAUUCAGACCGGUAUCGGGAUGGCUAUCGAGAUGGCUAUCGGGAUGGCCCACGCCGGGAUAUGGAUCGCUACGGGGGCCGGGAUCGGUAUGACGACCGUGGCAGCAGAGAGUAUGACAGGGGCUACGAUUCCAGGAUAGGCAGUGGUAGAAGAGCAUUUGGUAGCGGGUACCGCCGAGAUGAUGACUACAGAGGAGGCGGGGACCGCUAUGAAGACCGAUAUGAGAGGCGAGACGAUCGCUCAUGGGGCUCCAGAGAUGAGUACUCUCGGGAUGACUAUAGGCGUGAUGAUAGAGGUCCCCCCCAAAGACCCAAACUGAAUCUAAAGCCUCGGAGUACUCCUAAAGAAGAUGAUUCCUCUGCUAGCACCUCGCAGUCCAGUCGAGCGGCUUCUAUCUUUGGAGGGGCAAAGCCUGUUGACACCGCUGCUAGAGAAAGAGAAGUGGAAGAACGACUACAAAAGGAACAGGAGAAACUGCAGCGGCAGCUGGAUGAACCAAAACUAGAACGGCGGCCCCGAGAGAGACACCCAAGCUGGCGAAGUGAAGAAACUCAGGAACGAGAACGAUCAAGGACAGGAAGUGAAUCAUCACAGACUGGGACUUCCGCCACAUCUGGCAGAAGUAAGUCAGAUCAGGAUGCACGAAGGAGAGAGAGUGAGAAGUCUCUAGAAAAUGAAACACUCAAUAAGGAGGAAGACUGUCACUCUCCAACUUCUAAGCCUCCUAAACCUGAUCAGCCUCUAAAGGUAAUGCCAGCCCCUCCACCAAAGGAGAAUGCGUGGGUGAAGCGAAGUUUUAACCCUCCUGCUCGAUCUCAGAGCUCAGACACAGAACAGCAAUCCCCUACAAGUGGUGGGGGAAAAGUAGCUCCAGCUCAGCCAUCUGAGGAAGGACCAGCAAGGAAAGCAGAUGAAAAUAAAAUAGAUGGGAUGAGUGUUGCAAAAGGCCAAACUGGGAGCUCCAGCCGUGGUCCAGGAGAUGGCGGGAACAAAGACCACUGGAAGGAGUCAGAUAGGAAAGAUGGCAAAAAGGAUCAAGACUCUAGAUCUGCACCUGAGCCAAAGAAACCUGAGGAAAAUCCAGCCUCUAAGUUCAGUUCUGCAAGCAAGUAUGCUGCUCUCUCUGUGGAUGGUGAAGAUGAAAACGAGGGAGAAGAUUACACCGAAUAGACAUCUACAUCCUGUGCUUUCUCCUAGUCUCUCUCCACCCUGGAACAUUCAUUCGAGAGCAAAUCAAACCUCUAUCCAGACAAGACAAAAUAAAGCUCACCAUCUCCUGGAGACCUUUCUUAACUUUUUUUUAAAAAAUGAGAUUCUUUUGCAUGCUGCUGCAGCCUUUAAAGUAUUGAAGUAAUGGAGAAUCACCAAUGUAGCCAGAGAGACAGACUGUGGCUUUUUGAAGGGGAAGUUGUGGUGCUAUCUGAUGAUACCAUGCAGCUGCCUGUGCGAUUAGUGCCUAGGGGCUCCAUUAACAGAAAUGGUAGUGCCAGUGGUACAUGUCUGGAUCAGUUGGGCAGUAGGGGAGGUAGAAGGAAGAGUGAAAGAAAUGUUUGUCUACCUUUUAAUUCUUAUCUUAUUGUGGCAUAUAUGAAUUCUCAAACAUUAUCUGAAUAAAUUUUCCAUCUUUGGAAAGGUAGGUUUAGUCUCAUGUUGUUUUAGUCUCCAGGAGGCUGACAGCCCUUUCUCUUACUUUAACUCUGAGUUAUUGGGGUCAGCCUAGGGGAAACUACUUUAUUUUCUUACCCCCCAGGGGGGUAGAUGGAAGUGAGUCUACAGGCCACUAGUAAAGAGGACCGCUUGGGGACCAAGAUAAAUGGGGAAAUUGUGGUUUGAAAAACUUUUGAGAAGUGACAGAUUAUUUUGUACCAGGCAGUCGGGGAAUGGUGUGACCUCCAAAAACAUGGCUUUUUUUUUUUUUUCUUGUGAGUAGGACUUGGGGGUGUGGGAGAUCUGUCUUGUGUAGCCUGGUUUUGCCCUUCUAAAUUCUGUCCUUUCUGAAAGCUCAAAUACAUCCACAUUCUCUUGAAACCUGGAAACUGUAGAAAUUCAGACUCUUCAUCUCAUGUCCAUUCUGCUCCUCCAAAAGCAUUAAGUCACAUACCUGCUCUCCAAGGCAUUUGAUAGUAGCUGGAAGCUGUGGCAUGAGGAAGCAGCUACGUUUCUAAGCCAGUGGCUUACUGACUGGCUUACCUUCUUUACUAUUCCUUCCCUCUGUCUGUGCCUGCCCCUGCUGUUUUGACUCCUUUUACAGAUCAGAAUACUCUAGAAUUGAUGACUUGGGUAAGGAAUAAGAGUGGAUAGAUAAGGACAGUUGAAUCAAGAGCCUUUCUUAGAACCUUGAUGUUUUCACGGUUCUUCCCUCCACUGAAAUUUCACACUGAUGCUUGGAUUUAUAAUGUGGCCUAGACCAAUGUAUAGGGUGUUUUGUUUUCUGGGGUUGGUUUUCUUAGCUCCCCUUGAGAAAAUAAAUAAUAAUGGAAAGAACUAUGUAACAAGGUCUAGUUUUUCUUGCUACACAGUAGCUUUGUCUGCUUUGACAUGCACCUUUGUAGGGGUCAGUUCAGUGGCUAAUAUCCCUUCCCCAUUGUGGGGAGUAUUGGUACCUGCAGACAAAAUAAAGACACCUUGGUCUCUUUGUUUGCAAGCCUUGUUAGAUCCUGUCCAGCCAUGCCAGGGGUGUUGGCGUGUGCAUGUGUGUGCGCUGCAGCAGUGGACUUAAAAGAUCAGUUACCAGUGGAAAAGGGUACACCAAGUAACCUUAAGAAAUUGGCAGGAUUGGCUAGUAGCUAGGAAGUGAGCUUUUUAGAGAGUUGAAUGGGUUUUUUAAAUAAAACUUUUUAAAGAAACAGUGAUUGUAGACAAUGAAAAGGUAGUUUGCCCUCUUCUUGUCUAUUGUCCAAAUAGUUGCAUCCAAAAAAGCUGUUUUAUCCCACACUCCUACCUUGUUCCCUGUUGAAAUAAAACAGGGGUUGAUUUGUCCCGCUCCUGAAUACCUGUAAAAUUUGUACAAAAAUAUCUUCUAUGAAAAUGAUUUGUAAUCUGUAGACUUACUACCUGGGAGAUGUCUUGAGAUGUAAAAUCCCAUCCUUUGGGUUGUGGGUUUUUUGUUUUCUCCAAAUAAAUCUGAUCUUUCAAGUUCA